AUGGCCGACGACCACUACUCCUCCAAGCGGAAGUACGACGACCCCUCGCCGCCGCCCCGGCGCACGGGGUUCUCUUCGGGCCCGCCGCCUGCCUCGCCGCCCGCUGGCGGCGCCCCGUCGUACAACAGCGUGCCGCCGCCCCCCGAUGAGAUCCAGCUCGCGAAGCAGCGCGCGCAGGAGAUCGCGGCGCGGAUCUUUAACGCUGCAGAGGCCAAGCGCCCUCGCGUCGACAACGGCGACGAUGACGUCGGCGGCUUCGGGGGAGGAGGCUCCCUGGGCGGCAGCGGUGGCGGUGGCGGUGGCCGCAUCGGCGGCGGAGGACUCGGCUUCUCGUCCUCUGCCGGUGGUGGGCACGGGGCUUCUAUCACACCGUUAUCUUCCCAGAGCAGUGCACCGCAGUACUCCUCAUAUGGUGGAUAUCAGGGUACAAGCAAAAAGAUCGAAAUUCCAAAUGGAAGGGUUGGUGUUAUUAUUGGAAAAGCUGGGGAAACUAUUAGGUAUAUCCAACUUCAAUCAGGAGCAAAGAUUCAAGUAACAAGAGACCAUGAAGCUGAACCUGGUGCACCGACAAGGUCAGUUGAGCUUUCUGGCAAUCCUGAUCAGAUAAGCAAAGCUGAACAGUUGAUCAAAGAAGUUCUGGCAGAGGCUGACGCUGGGUCAUCUGGUGGUGGAUCUGGCCGGAAAUACAAUGCACCACAGCCUGGCGGUGAGACGUUCCAGAUGAAGAUUGCUAAUAACAAGGUGGGACUGGUUAUUGGGAAGGGUGGUGAGACUAUAAAGUCCAUGCAGCUCAAAUCUGGAGCUCGUAUUCAGGUUAUUCCUUUGCAUCUGCCUGCUGGUGAUACUUCAACUGAAAGAACUGUGCAUAUUGAUGGCACUCCAGAACAAAUUGAAUCUGCAAAGCAACUGGUGAUUGAGGUUACCAGUGAGAAUCGUGCCAGGAAUCCAAUGUCUGGUGGCUAUUCUCAGCAGGGCUAUCGUCCUCCUCGUCCUCAGUCAAACUGGGGCCCACCUUCUGCGCCACCCCAGCAGCCAGGCUAUGGUUAUAUGCAGCCUGGGGCUUAUCCUGGGGCACCGCCACAGUAUGGUGCACCUCAGCAACCUUAUGGUAGUUAUCCCCCAACAUCUGGUGGCUAUCAGACUGGGUGGGAUCAGUCUCAAAACCAGCAAUCUCAUACAACCCCCCCUGGUACUGGGUAUGAUUAUUAUAGCCAGCAGCAGCAACCUCAACAACAACAAUCUGCCCCUGGAACUGCUGCUUCUACUGAUGCCACUAGCUACAAUUAUGGCCAGCCUUCAACGUAUGCUUCACAAGGAUAUGAUUCUACCUACACUCAGCAGAGUGGUGGGCAGCAAGCAUAUGGACAUGAUGGCUACUCUGGUUACCAGACCCAAGGGCAGCAGCAGGGCUACUCUCAGCAGACUGGUUAUGACCAACAGGGCUAUGGUGCAUCUGCUUAUGGAUCAGCUGCAAACUCGACCCAGGAUGGGUCUGCACCCAGCUAUGGUGGUCCUGGUGGUACCAGUCAGGCAUCUCCAGGGCAGCAAACUUCAACCCCAGCUGCUGGAAGCCACCCUGGCUAUGCCAGCCAACCGCCUACUAGUGCUGCAGCAAGCUACCCAACUCAAGGUUCAGCUCCAUCUGGAUAUGGUGCUCCACCACCCCAGUCUGGCUAUGGCACCCAACCCCCACAGCAAGGUGGAUAUGGUCAGGGCACUUAUGGGCAGCCUUCUCCACAGGGCCAGAAACCUCCUGCAUCUUCACCUUAUGGACAGGCUCUGCCUCCUGGAUCUGCUCAGGGUGGUUACGGGCAGUAUGGAUACAGCCAACCUGCUUACGGUGCACCACCAGCUUACCCUGGUGCACCCCCUGCAAGCCACCCGGGCUAUGGCCAGCAGCAAUCUUAUGGCGAUGCUUAUGGUAGUGGAAGCUAUGGGCAGCCUCCAGCCUACUCUACUGAAGCAACAGCUCCUGCUGCAUCCCAGGAUCACUCUGCUGCCCCUGCUGCGGCCCCUGGAACAACAGCUGCGCCAGCUCCUGACAACAGUGGAGGUGCCCAAACAUCUGCGGAAACUUAA